UCCUCUCAAGAAAAUGGAAGCAAAAUCAUAAACCCUUUCCCUCUCACCCACUCGCCCCCAGAAUCACGAUUCCCAACAACAAUGGCUUCCCUUCUUCUCCUGCGUUUUCCAGAGACCACCCCUCCUACGCCUCCAUGGUUAACGGUUCUACAAACCCUCCUACGGCCUCCUUCAACAGUGAACAAGAGCGAUUCACUUAUUUUCCCGUACGAGGAAAGCCCUGACCCGCACCACCAGCUUCACAGGCGGCGGUUCUCGAUGAGCGACGGUUUUCUUGGUGGAUCAGAAGAUGGUUUGAUGCCUUUCAUGUACUUCGGCCAGGGUCUUGCCAAGAACGGCGGUGGCCUUACGGACUCGUAAGCCAAUUUAAAUCUGGGCUAUUUGGUGGCUGACAAGUCAAUUUAAUAUCCCAGCCAUUCUCUGUUGCAGCAGCUACAAAUUCACUGUCUUCACAAUCAAUAUGCGGUUUCGCAUUAUGUUGUUGUAUGAUUAUUUUCCUGUUUCCUUCUGGCCAUUUUUGCUUGAUGGCUGGCAAAACCUUUUAAAGCAUGAAUUGUUUCACAACUUCUCUACUGAUACUCACAAUUAGCUUAGUGAGUAGAGUUCCCUUUUCCCUG